GUUUUUGCUUUUUCCGAACCGGUAUAUUCAAUUUUGUCUAAAAAUGCAUCCUCCAGCCCACUUACCCGGUUCCGGAUGCUCACCGGAUACAGCAAAAAGCAUGAUAGAUGGAGGAAUGGUGCGUCUCUUACCGGCAUUCUUCAAGUGAUUGAUUUGGACCAUCCCGAUGCUCCUAAAAUUGUUAAUCUUCUAUCGAAGGCUUUGGUCCUUUGGAAAGCUCGUCAAGGGCGGCCAAUGCUAGUGAGCAAGUUAUUAAAUCCGAGGGUCCGAAUAAGAAGAAAACUACGAGUGUCAAGUGAGAGACAUGAUGAACAAAGCCGCAUUUGUCGCGGAGACCAUAGAGCAUAA